AUGAGAAGCACCAGUUUGAGUGAAUCACCGACGAAAGGAACACCCUCAAGACCCCAAUUUUGGCUUAAAAGAAGUCAUAAAGAUGGUCUUGUAGUUUUGGACAGAUCGUCGCCACGUUUUGAUGACAAAUUUGAAGAGCACACCGCCGAAGAACCAUCCAAACAAUUAAUCAAACACAUAAUCCGCCGGACCGCCAACUAUGUGUCACGACCAAAAACACUGAAAAAGGCACCAAUAAUGGGGCCUGUGACUUACAACGAUGCAUUUUUUACAAAGGACGGUGGAAUGCAAUUGAGCGAUGAUCAUCUCCGAAAACUUUACACCAGGCUCGAGAACGGGAUUGUAUUAACUAAAGUGAGUCGUAAAAAACAAGUCGACCAGCUUUUUCAUGUCGAAAGCGGAACACUCAAAUGGCGUGAUACUAAGAGCAUCGGCAUUGAUACCAUCAAGGAUGUAAGAACCGGGGAUAUGGCCAAAAACUACAUCGAGGAUUACAAAGCUACCAAUGCAGCGGCCCAAAAUUGGGUCACAAUCAUAUAUCAGCUGGGCACCAAAUUUCGCGCCUUACAUCUGGUAGCCCAUAACCAGGCAGACCAUGAAUGUUUUUACCUUGGCAUCGUCAGCAUGGUCGACUCGAGACGUAACCUUAUGAGAAGUAUCUCGGACCCGGACGAUGAAAUGUUUGCAAAUGUCCAUUGGCGUGCGAAUGUCUCUGCUGAAAAAGCUGCUGAUGACAUAGAUGUACUUUCAUUUCAAGACGUGGAAGAGCUUUGUGCCAAGUUCAACAUAUUUUGUUCCAGCCGCUACUUACGACGGCUUUUUGACCUUGCGGAUGUGAAUCAAAAUGGCCUUCUGAGCUUUCAAGAGUUUCAGACUUUUGUCCAGGAACUAAAAAGCCGGCCAGAAGUGUACAGAAUUUGGCACGAUAUCACCAGAGGCACUGAUCAGUUGAAUGUGGACGAUUUUUCGCGUUUUGUGCUUGAGCAACAGCAUGAAGAAUGGUCUCACACCAAACUUACAAGUGAAUUUGAGAAGUUUAGUCAAGGCAGUGUUACGAUGAGGCUAGAAGGCUUCCGGAAGUUUUUGACAUCCCAGCCACAUUUGAACGAUAGCAAAGCUGAUUAUUCGCAUCCGAUCAACAAAUAUUUCAUUUCUUCUUCGCAUAACACGUACCUACAGGGCAAACAGCUGGGAGAAAAUCCAACAGUGGAGACCUACGUACUUGCAUUGCAGCAAGGUUGUCGAUGCAUAGAAAUUGACAUAUGGGACUCCGAGGAAGGCCCUGUAGUUUGCCAUGGCAGAUUGACCGGUUCACUGCCCCUUGCUAAUGUUUUGAAGGUCGUGCGAAAGUACGCCUUUAUCACAUCUCCGUACCCUCUAGUUCUUUCCUUGGAAGUGCAUUGCAAGCUCGCAAAUCAAAUUAUCAUGGACAAAAUCCUUCGACAGGAAUUGGGCACCAAUAUAUUCAAUCGUACACUCAAAGGUUCACUACCCUCUCCCGCCGAUCUUAAGCACAAAUUUUUGAUCAAAGUGAAGAAAUCCAAGAAUGAUGUACCAAAGUCUUUGCAGGACGAAGACUCAUCCACAUCGUCAACAUCAUCCACAAGCUCAUCUUAUGACUCCGAAAAUGAAGUACGGAGGAGGUCGGGGCGACGGCUCAGCAUUUCGACCAAGAUGCAUGUCAUCGAAAGCCUAGUAGCGAUGUCACUAAUCCAUGGGCUCAAAUUCAGAAACUUUUCGUUGCCGGAGUCUAAAACAGAAAACCACUGUUUUUCUCUAAGCGAGAAAAAGCUCGAAAACCUCACGAAAGAUGAACUACAAAAACUGGCGAUCGAAAAACAUAAUCGACGCUUUCUCAUGAGAGUGUAUCCACACGCACUGCGGUAUAAGUCCUCCAACUUUAACCCUAUCAAAUUCUGGGAGCUCGGUGUUCAGAUGGUGGCUACGAAUUGGCAGACCUUUGACGUGGGUCAACAGAUCAAUAAGGCCAUGUUUCAGUUACCGCUUGAAGACGCGCCUUUAUGGCACUCUGGUUAUGUCUUGAAGCCCGACUAUCUGCUGAACAACGUUGCCAAAGCUGGCGAUAUCAAGGCGAUGCGGAAGGGCCUUCAGAAACGUAGUGUUCGUUUGCGAAUAGAGAUUCUUUCCGCUCAGAUGCUUCCUAAACCGAAGGACUUCAAGCAAAAGCAAAAACAAGCGUUUCCCUGCUUUAGCGUGAAUCUCAAUGUGUUCAGCAACAGCAGGCCAAUAGAACCUCUGGAAAGUGAGAAUGGACUAGUGUCUUCGGACUCGUCGGGCUGCACUCCGAACCGCGGCGAAAACGGCUUCAAUCCUGUGUGGGAAACAAAAUUCAAGAUUACAGUGGAGGACACAUUUUUCAACUUUCUUCUUUUCAAGAUCAAAACCGCAGAUACCGAGCUAGCCACCUGCUGUCUCAAGCUGAGCUAUCUACGAAGGGGUUACCGCCACGUUCCCCUCUACAGCGAAGGCGGUGAGCGUUACAUUUUCUCGACUCUUUUCAUUCACGUCGACUAUGACUACGACUAUAAGAAUGAGCUAGCUUAA